UGAUGCAUGAAGUUCCUGGAGAGACUUGGAAAGCACAUAAAAUCUGUGUUUUGGCCACAGCAGUGGAUUAUGAAAAGGCAAGAUAUAAAGCCAAAAUGGCAGAAACAAAUCUAAUUGUAGCCAGUGAACCUGAAGAAUUAGAUCGCAGUCAGCAGUCAAGACAACCUACCAAACGCUACAUUGAUCUUGAGCCUGAACCUGCUCCACUGAAACGGCAGAGACAAUCACAAACAGUCACAGCUGCAGUCGUACACCAGCCACCAGUUCCACCACCACCCAUGGGUUUGGCUCCUUCUGGUCAUAACUCUCUGGUUACUCUUGUCUCCAAGCAACCUUCCACCUCCGAGUUACCUUCCACCUCCGAGUCACCUUCCACCUCCGAGUCACCUUCCACCAGCGAGUCACCCUCCACCAGCAAGUCAUCUUCAACUUUCACCUGAGAUCAACCUUCCACUUGCAAGCCGUCCUUCACCUGCAGCCUUCACCCGUCCUGUUAGGCACUCUCUAUCAGCAGGUAUUGACAGAUAUUUAGUCAGUACAAUAGAGGAGAUUAAGGACAGGCUGACUAUGCUGG